AUGAAGCCUACGAAGAGCUCCGAGAAAUGGAAAUGGAGGUCGUCGGUUGCAAGCACGACGGCAUCGCUAUCUCCAUUCCAUAAUGCCCAUUCCCAAGUGGAAUCGCCUGAGCUUGUUGAGAGCAAAAAGUCCCGUACAUUGUCCAAAGCCUUCCGCUCGAUUAGUAGCUCCUCGUUAGAUUCGAUGUCUAGUGGACCAUCUAGGUCUGGAUCCUCACAACGGAAACUCUCCAAGACGCCAUCGGGCUCGGGAUCCAUGAUUGAAAGGCUGCAGAGGAGGGUUUCCAGAGACUCUUCCGUCAGCACUCUUCCCCCAGAAUCUCCCAGCAGCCCUAUAGAGCCUCACUUUGCCUCGAUGGAAAUGAUUCGAUAUGGGUGGCUAAAGGCCGAUUCUUCACUGUUAAAAGCUCGAUCCGAAUAUCUCGUCCUGGCAGAUCAUUCACUGGUCAAGUUUGGAAGCGCGGAAGCUGCUAGGGCUAUCUUCCCGCAGCUGACACAGACAGAAGGUCACGGAAGAGGCGUUCACUCUCUUCAUUCCAUAAGCAGCAAAUCUGCCUCGGGAGAGAUUCGAUUGGACAUACCCCUUCGGUCCAUCAUUGCGGUUUUCAAUGAAGAAUCCUCAAGCUCUCGGUUUGGUAUCGAGAUAUGGUGGCUCUCAAGAGCGCCCAAGAUUGCGUCUUGCAAGGCACAUUUCUACUUCGCCCUUCCGAAAGAAAGGGACGAUUGGCUAGCGGAUAUUCAGCAAGCGUAUAAGGCCCGGUUGAGAAAAAACCCUCUCCAAACGACUGUCCCCGAAAAUGUCAAGGUCCGCAUCAACCACACAAUGCACCCUGCUGAGACAUCUGAUGAUGGCGCUUCCCAGAGCUUGAUUUUCCCAGUGGCAAAACGUGUUGUAGCAGCAGUUCAGAAAGGUGCCGCUGCAGACGAAUCCCAGGAUGUCAUCGAUACCGCAACGUAUUAUCUUGCCAUUGGGCCUUACCUAUGUUAUUUUAUUGAAAUCCUUAAGGCUGAUCAUUCGACCCCUCCCGGUGACCUGCGAUUGAAAACCUCGGCGUUUGGGACGGUAUCUUUGAUCCGUUUCCAAGCCUCAGUAGCGUCUAAUGAACAAAGGUUUACAAUGUGCUUUCGCCUGCCAUUCGGUCGAGAAACUCGUCUGGUCCUUGCGAGUGUGCAUUAUCGCCGGGUCAUUGAGGCUCUGACAAAGAUUGACCGCGUUUUAAAACCCAUGUGGCCACAAAAUCUCCAACAUGCUAUUUUCGAGAUCAAAGGUCUCCCAGCACCCCUUCAGUUGACAUCCGGAAAUGAUUUGGGUGGCCUGGAGAUGAGCCUCCAAGCUUAUUGCGUUGCUUUCGGCGUACAAAUCCCAUCUUGGUCAAUCGAAUGGUAUACCCCAUCAGAGCCGGCUUUUCGGCUGAUGGCGCCCGAUGAUUCAGAGUAUUCUCCACUUCAGCUCCUUGCAGUCUUUCGGGCAUUGAGAUACAACAGCUUCUUCAAGGCAUUAUCAUUUCGUGAUGUUGAUCUUUCAUCGCUGGCUAACAGGAAUGACUAUUCGCAGUUUGGUGACUCUGUGGUCUACACAUCUUUAAGCGGUGUAAGAAUACCAGAUGACUACUAUCAGAUUCUCCUUCAGGCGCCAAUUCUAGAACAAGAGAUGCAUGCGUUGAUAUUUUCAUCCGAAUCUAUACGGUAUAUUGAUCUUACCAAUACCGUUGGCUUACAACGCCCAAAGAGACCGCAGACUGGUCGUGGGUCGAUUAACCAAUCCGCCAUGCGCAAGAUGAGCGCUGAGAUUAUUCGACCCUUGUCAAUGCUACUCAAGACUCAACUGUCCCACUGCCAUGGCAUUUCCAUGUCUGGCAACCCUAUUGGCUCCAGCGACGUGGCCGAAUUAGCAAAUGUCCUUGGACUGGAUGAUGUACACAUGAAGAAAAUCGAACUGUCCAAUUGCGGACUCGGGGACGUUGACCUGACCAAGCUCUGGAGUGGUCUUGCAGGCCAAGCCGAGACUAUCGAAUGUAUCGACACGUCGAACAACAGCGGGACUGUUGGCUUUGAAACAAUCACAUACACACUCCGGCAACUACGGAAUAUCAAGAAACUCAACAUAUCGGGCAAUACUAGACUCGUCUCAGAAGAACCUCUCUUCGCCGAGCGUGCGCUUAAUAGCUGGGCUCUCCAAGAACUAGAUCUCUCUGGGAUAGUGCUUAACGCUACUACCGUCAUUUCUCUCGCAAGAUAUAUGGAGUCUCCAAUGUCGCAAGACCUACAGGUGAUCCGCCUUAACAAUUGCGGCCUCACUGGGAGUCAAGUUGCCCAGCUCUUUUUUAGUAUGGGCAAAGCCCGGCACAUGACAGUUCAUCUAAAUGCAAACCGACUAGACGAUGGCAUCGAGAGUUUGUGUGAUGCAAUUGCCUCUGGCUACGGACCUUGGAGUUUGUUCAUGCAGAUGAUCGAGUUUAGCUAUGAGAUAAGCUUUGUCAAGCUGAUGCGAGCAUUGACCAUCAACAAGACAAUUGAGUGCCUGAGCUUGGCUGGCUGUGCUACGCCAGACGCUGUGAGCAGUGUGGCUUGCCAGGCAGCUUCAGAGCUCUUCGCCAAGAACGAAACCAUCCGUUUCUUGGAUAUAUCCGGAUAUGACUCUAAGCUCGAUGAAGGCCGGCUCGGCCGGGAGUUUUCCAAGUCAUUAAGUGGCAUGAAGCACAACAAGCGAAUUGAACACCUUCGUGUCCGAAGCCAGAUGCUCAACAUAAACAUUGGGGACUUGGCUGAAGCCAUCUCGGGCAACCAAACGCUACACACUCUGGACUGCGAGGGCAAUGAUUUCAACCUCUCCAACUUCUGGCAUCUGGUGAAGCGUAUCGAGGGCAACACGACAAUUCGGCACUUCUCGGCAUUCUCGGACGCAGAACUUGCGAGGACAAUCCAGAAGUCCGCAGAAGUUGAUGUGCCGGUGGUGGCAGCACGCCGCUCCUCUGGGCUCUUUAACAAACUCAAACCUGAAAAGGCUCCGGUAAAUGUGGAAAAGCCACUUCUGCAGCGGCUGGGUGAUGAGUGGGAUGCUGCAAUUGCGGCGCUGAAUGCGGUGCUCGAAAGGAACCAAAAGACUUACAAUGAAAAGCAUGGCAUUGGGAAGACGGUGGUCGACCCGGCACUGGAAACGUGCGAGAUAGAAGAGGGCACAUUCUCAGUUGACUUUGGGGGCCUUGCCAGCAAAGAAUUCGAGUCUCAAAUGGCUAGAGGCUCCUCCUUGCGCCGGGGCCCCUCCACUUCGAACCACGGCUCGGAAACGUUAAAGGUUAUCGUAUCGGCGCCUUACUCGGGUGAAACUUCCGACGAGACGACGAUGCGGCCUUACUCCAUUGUUUCAAGCGACGCGGCUAGUAUCCCAACGACGGACGCCAGUUCCAACAGUGAUGCAGGCAUGCUGACACCCUCGGAGAUGGAGAGCCCCCCUGAGAAAGAGCCCGGGUGGACCGGCGCUUCAGCUGCCAAAGAGACGAGCAACCCGGUGUCCGAAGAUAGUUUUCUGAUUUCCGAUAACGAAAUAAGUUUGCUGAUGGGGAAAUAUCAGAGCUAUGUCGGCGAUCCGGUGGGCUCCAUUGAAGAAGAGACAAGGCCAUUGACAAGAGAAGACUGA